AUGUCGACUUCUCCAGUACCCGCAACUGCGCCUUCGCAAAAGCGCCCCCUCGAGGAACCCUCCUCGCCCAAUGGCCCCACCGACCAGCCCGACGCAAAGAGACCUGCCCUCGACAAGGUCAAGGAUGAGGCUCCCGUUCAGGAGGCUGCCCCUGCAUCGCCUACUGCCGACGACGUCAAGCCCGAGCUGGAAGCCUCUGCUCCCGCUGCCACCACCGCCACAACAGACGUAGUUCCAGUCGAAGCUCCGGCCGAGUCUCACGCAGACACAGUCGUGCUCGAUGCUCCCCCAGCUGGAAUGCCUUCGGCCACUCAGGUGCUCGAGACUCAGCCUGUCCAAUCGACUGCCGCUAACGGCACAUCUACUGGUGGUCAAGAUCAAUACUCAGCACAACAGCAGGACGAGAGCAACUGGCUGCACAUCAGAGCAAUCAUCUCUAGUGCAGAAGCUGCUACUGUGAUCGGAAAGGGUGGAGAGAAUGUGACCCAAAUCCGUCGCAUGAGUGGAGCUAAAUGUACCGUCAGUGACUACUCCCGCGGCGCCGUCGAGCGUGUUUUGACCGUCAGUGGUCUUGUCGAUGCUGUUGCUAAGGCCUUCGGUCUUAUCAUUCGCACGCUGAACAACGAGCCCCUCGAGGCUCCCUCGACUCCUCAGUCCAAGACCUACCCUCUUCGUCUUCUGAUCCCCCACAUUCUUAUUGGAUCCAUCAUAGGCAAAGGAGGUGUAAGAAUUCGCGAGAUCCAAGAAGCUUCCGGUGCUCGCUUGAACGCAUCUGACUCGUGUUUGCCUCUGUCCACCGAGCGUUCGCUCGUUGUGUUGGGUGUUGCAGACGCCGUCCACAUCGCCACCUACUACGUGGGUAGUACACUCGUAGAGCAGCUUACUGAGCGCUUCGGCGGCCCUGCUGCUUCGGCCUACGCCACUCGUAGCGGCGCUCCUGCCGGUGUGGUGCCUGGAGGUAUGCAAGUCGUUCCUUACGUUCCCCAGCCUGCUGGCGGACAGUGGGGCGCACCUGACCACUUCCGUCGCCAACCUCCUACCCAGCGUGGUCCUCCUCCCACCGGCUACGGUAUGCAGCAACAACACCCCUACGGCGGUGCUCCUACUCCUGUGCACCCUCAAGCACCCGUUCACUACCCUGCCGCAUCACCCAGACAGCCCUAUGUUGGUGCAGGACCUCAUGCCCCGGCUCCUCACGCCGCCGCUUAUCCUGCCCAGCCUGCCGCAGCUGCAGCAACCGCCGCUCACGCAGGCCCUCCUCAGCAGCCUAUGCAAGGCAUGGUACCUGGCCAGCCUCUGACUCAGCAGAUCUUCAUCCCCAACGACAUGGUCGGCGCUAUCAUCGGAAAGGGCGGUGCUAAGAUCAACGAGAUACGCCAGCUCAGUGGAAGUGUCAUCAAAAUUAACGAGCCCCAGGAUAACAGCAACGAGCGUCUCGUUACCAUAACUGGAACACAAGAGUGCAACCAAAUGGCGCUCUUCAUGCUAUACUCCCGCCUCGGUCAGUAA